CCAUUUGAUCAUUGACAAUAUUUUCUGCUUUUCCUUUUUAAAAAAUUCAAAAUUUUUUCAAAAAGUUAAAAAAUUCACACUAGUCUAGUUUUGUUUCGAGCUCAAAAGAUGUCGCCCAAAUUUCAUAUGAAUUCACCUGUUUGGCGUAUUGGUACAUCACGAUCAUCAUUAAUGAUGUCUGAUCAUUCAUUUUUAUAUGUUAUGGAACGUGGUACAUCACCAAUCGAUUGGUGUGAAUUUAAUUAUACACAUACACCAUUUAUAGCCGAAUUGAUCAAUACGACUUCCAAUAUAUUAUUUUUAAUAUUUCCGCCAAUAUUAUGUCAAUUAUUUCGUCAAUAUGCAAAUAAUAUUGAUCGUGGUAUCUAUAUUAUUUGGACAUUAUUUGCUGUUGUUGGUAUUUGUUCAGCAUAUUUUCAUGCAACACUUAGUCUACUUGGACAAUUAUUAGAUGAAUUAGCAAUAUUAUGGUUAUUAGCAUUUGCAUUUGGUAUGUGGCUGCCAAGAACAUAUUAUCCAAGAUGGAUUCAUAAUGAUAGGAAAAAAUUCAAAAAAGUCAUGAUGCUAAUCAGUGUUAUUGCUUCAUUUGCUGCAUUCAUUUAUCCAUGGAUUAAUAGUUUUGCAUUGAUGACAUUAGGUAUACCGACAUUUUUUCUAUUAACCAAAGAAAUACGACAAUGUCGUAUACAAAGGAUUCGUCGUUUAGGAUGGCGUUGUUGUAUUUGUUGGAUUGCAGCCGUAACAAGUUGGAUAUUAGAUCGUAUGUUUUGUGAUACAUGGUCAGCAUAUAAUUUACCAUAUUUACAUGGUGUUUGGCAUAUAAUGAUUGCUAUUGCAUCAUAUACUGUUUGUGUUUUAUUUGCAUAUUUUGAUGCUAUUCAUAAUUAUCAAGAUUUAUUACCGGUUAUUAAAUUUUGGCCACAAGAUAAAGAUUAUGGUAUACCAUAUAUUGAAUUGAAAAAUGCUGCUUAAAACAAAACAAAACAAACAACAAAAUCAAUCAAUAUAACAAUAUAGAGAAAUCGAUUAUCUCCAUCAAUCCAUCCAAUCAAUCCAAUUCAACCAGAUUAAUUUAAUCAUAAUAUUCUAGU